CUUGGUCCCCGCCCGCCAGCUCUCCCCUGGCCACACCCUCCGCCGGGACGCCGCCACCGCCGCUGCCCUCUGUCCACGAGGCUGCCGGCUUGGGACCCCCAGCACUGACAUGUCGCCCUCUGGUUGCCUGUGUCUCCUCACCAUCGUUGGCCUGCUUCUCCCCACCAGAGGACAGACAUUGAAGGAGACCACAUCCAUUCCUUCAGCAGACACAACCAUUGUGAGCAUUCAUGCCCUGACUCAAACCCCAGACACAGUCCACCCAGAGUCCCAGUCCACCCCUCAGACAUCUCUGCAGGCUGGUGGAACAACGCAGGAGCAGACGGAGGAGACCCACACCCCACAGCCGACGAGAAUGGAUGUGCUCCCAGCCACAGAUCCGAGGACCGGCCAGAGCAGCCCAGAAGCCACUCCCUCUGCCGCUCCCACUAAAGGCACCACGCUCUCCAAGAGGCGAUCUCCAGGCAAAGACGUCAGGCCGGAUGCUGCCCUCGGGCCGACGGGCGCCAGUGAGGACAACCCCUUCUCCUACGACGAGGACACUCUCCGGAAGCGGGGGCUGUUGGUCGCAGCCGUGCUGUUCAUCACGGGCAUUGUCAUCCUCACCAGUGGCAAGUGUAGACGGUUACCCCAAUUGUGCCGGAAUUACAACAGGUGAGACCAUCGGAAGGAGGGGCCGGCAACCGAAUCGAGGGGCACCCCGAGACUGAGUCCCCACCGGCUCACCGUGCCCAGCCACCUCCCUCCCCUCGAUGGGUCUACAGAAUAAUUGGUAGAGCCCAGCCCGAGAGGGAAGACCCGGAUGGAGACAGAGCCGGGCUGAUGCCCCAAGUCCCCUGCCCACCCUGAGGGCUGCCCGGCCCCCUGGGCACUGGCCCCCCUUCGCUCCGGUGUCCCACGCUGUUCAGACGAAAAGUAAAGCACUGUGGUCCUUG